AUGUACCUGGAGCAGUGCCGCAUCGCUGUGGUUUCGGCUAUCUUUGGCGACUGGGACCACCUCAGGCUGCCUCAGCGGUCCAAGGUGAGGCUACGGGAAGGCGUGCUUGAUUUGUAUGGUUGUGAUGAUCGCAAACGAGGUGUUAGUGAAGGGAUUGGAAGGGGACAGGACGCAUCAGUGAAGGGGCUGGAUGAGGAUAAUCUCUUCUCGUAUGGCAAAAGGCAAGGUGGGGUUUUAGUGGCUUUCUCUAAGCGGUUCAAUCAAUUUCUCUCUCCCUAUUCCCCUCCCCAGAUUUCCGUUGCAGCAAUGCGCAAGGCGUGCUUCGUGAUUUUUGUGGACGAGCAGACAGUGAGGGGGCUCUACAGGGACAACCUCAUUCCCUCCGGACACCAAGGCAAAAUCUCCGUGGCAGCGAAGCGGAGAGCAUGCUUUGUGAUAUUCGUGGACGAGCAGAGAGUGAGGGGGCUGUACAGGGACAACCUCAUUCCCGAUGCCAACGGCAAAACCAAGCGCAAGGCAUGCUUUGUAAUAUUCGUGGACGAGCAGACAGUGAGGGGGCUGUACAGGGACAACCUCAUUCCCGAUGCCAACGGCAAGGUGGGCCUGUGGCGCGUGGUGGUGGUGGCCAAUUUGCCCUACUCCGACGCACGGCGCACGGGGAAGAUCCCCAAGCUGCUUUCGCACCGCCUCUUCCCCAACGCCAAGUAUUCCAUGUGGAUUGACAGCAAGCUGCGGCUCUUUGUGGAUCCGCUAACCAUCCUGGAACGGUUUUUGUGGCGGGGAGGGUUUGAAUAUGCCAUCUCCAACCACUACGACCGCCACUGCGUGUGGGAAGAGGUGGAGCGCAACAAGAAGCUGAACAAGUACAACGCGACGGUCAUUGACAAGCAGUUUGAGGCGUACAAGGCCGAUGGCCUCACCAUGUUCAACCCAAACGAUCCCAACAACCUUCUCAUCAGCAAUGUACCGGAGGGGUCAGUGAUCAUAAGAGCGCACACAGCUGCCGCCAACCUGUUCUCGUGCCUCUGGUUCAACGAGGUGGACCGCUUCACCUCCCGCGACCAGCUCUCCUUCGCAUACACCUACCUCAAGAUGGCCCGCACCUCUCACCCACUGCGGUUGAACAUGUUCAAGGACUGUGAGCGGCGGUCGUUUGUGAAGCUCUUUCACCACAAGGCUGAGGAGGCGGCACUCAAGCUGGAGCGAGGCAGGGCUAGGUAG